AUGCGAGCAGUUUUAACCGAAUAAAGCAUCACGGAGUCCAGCUAAACUAUCAACAGAAUGUAGUUUGGAAGAUGUAGCAAAACGUCUUUAUAGUUGAUAGUGCGAUGGAGAAGAUGAUUUUCUUGAAUAUGGGUAGCGUACCGUUGUUUCUGUAGUUCAGAACUAAGACAAAAUGCUGCCGAGUUACGAGGUAAUGGAUGGCCGUUAUGGAGUCCAGAGAGUUGAAAACAUAACCAACCAAAGAAUGUGAUGGGGGCUGAUGGCAGUAAAAACAACAAGAAGCAGGCUCCGUCAGGGGAGGGGCGAUUCUCCUCUGGAUUGCGGGGAUUCCUGUCCAGCAUGGGGAUUUCCGUGCCUUCGGGACUGUGCCACCUGACCCCCCUCCGGCUGGGCACGCGACACAUGAUCCAGGACAGAGGGGCAGCCAUCCCCGAUGAUCACGUGGCUCCGCCCUUUUUGCCCGGUCCUGAGAAGCUCCGCAUGGAGUGGUCCCUCCCGGGCUUCAUCUCCAUGUUCCUCCCCGAGUUCCCACACCGCAACCUCCCAGGACAUGAGCACUUCCAGGUCCUGGGCUAUAUAGCCAAAGGUUCCUAUGGUCCUAUUCUGAAGGUGAAGGACAAGUCUAAGCAGAAGACAUACGCUGUGAAGGUUAUUCCCAAAUCUGAGGUCUUAAAACAAGGAAUACUAGAGCAGUCGAAAGAAGAGGUCAUCAUUCAGCGCCAGGUGCGACACCCUUUCCUCCACGAUCUGCAGGACUGCUGGCAGACCCAGCGCCACCUCUUCAUUAUGUGUGACUACUGCGGCACUGGGGAUCUGUACACCUACUGGACGAUGAUCGGGCGGUUCGAGGAGGACGCGGUGCGGGUGUUUGCCGCAGAGUUGGGCUGUGCUCUGGGGUUCUUGCAUGACUUUGGGAUCAUUCACAGGGAUGUAAAGAUGGAGAAUGUCCUCUUGACUGACAAAGGGCACCUUCGUCUGGCUGACUUUGGGUUGUCCCGGCGCCUGGAGCGUGGAGGAAGGGCCUUCACCAUCUGUGGAACAAUUCAGUACAUGGCCCCUGAAGUUCUGAGUGGGGGUCCCUACAACCACGCAGCUGAUUGGUGGUCCCUGGGUAUUAUGCUCUUUGCAUUGGCUACAGGAGAGUUCCCCCUGCCUGCGGAGCCUGACCACUGCAGCAUGCUGAGGAAGGUGCGCAGCUGCCCCUAUGAGAUGCCCAAAACCUUCAGCCCGCCCCUGGCCCUGCUGCUCACAGAGCUCCUGUGCAAGACCCCGGUACGGCGCCUUCGCACCCUGGAGCGCUUCGAGAGGCAGACAUUUUUCCGCUGCACCUCCUUCGACUCCCAGCUGCUGCAGAAGAUGCCCAUGGAGCUGAUCUUGGAGCUGAAGGAUCACCCUGACCGGCCGGCCAAAGCGAGAAGGGGCCUGACCCUCGAAACCAUCCAGAACUUCGACUGCGACCUCCUGAGCUCCCCCCUCAGCCCCACACAACUGUCCCCGACCCUGCUCAACUUCGACGUGAGCCGGGCCCUCACUCAGGGCAGCUCCAACAACGAGGUCUUCGUGUAAGCCGGCAACAGCCUGUGAUAGUUGAAUCACUGAGACGUUCCCGCCCUGAAUUUUGCUGUGAUCUCUCAAGAAGAUGCCUGAGUUUGAAGGAGUUCUGUGUAAGAAUUUCACACACUCCAAAGUUGCUGCUUUGGCAUUCUACCGUGGUGUUCCUCUUUUGGCUACCCUGCCCUCCUCUGAGUGACUGGUCAAUAUGGCACCUUGUGGUUGGACAUCACCAGGGGUGGGUGGAGGUCACCGACUAUGACAUGUUGCUAGAGAU